AUGGCCCUGGUGGCCCCAGAGGCCCUCGUGGCCGGCACAGUCCUCAGCAGCUCCGCCACCUCCAGCCUCUGUCCCAGAUGUCCCCGCACACUGGGGUCCAUGCCGGGAAGAAGUCCUCGCAGAUGACUAAAAAACAAGCAGCCCCUGGCAAAGACCACAAGAGACCAAAGGAGAUGGAGAAGACUAAAGCGACACAGGAUGCCUGUGGUACCCCUCCUGCCCCGAAGAGGCAGCUGUCCCCAGCACAUCACCGCAAGGACCAGCCAUUGGCCUCUCGCUUUGUUCCCUUUGUUGCCCAUUUUGGGGGCCGUGAGCCUGACUCCUUCAAGUUUCUCUUCUACACGCCAAGCUGCUCAAACUCGUACAGGCCCUUCUACACCACGCAGCAGCCGACCUGCGGGUACCUCUAUCGCCACGACACCGAUCACACCAGGAAGGUGAUAGAUGUCCUGAGUGCCAACAUUGUGAAAUGGAGACCCGUCCUCAACACAAAGCCAUAGUCCAAAGCAAUAAAGCCAUGCAAUGAAAGCAGCAAUCGGUGUGGCUCCAGCUUCCCACCCGUGCGCCUGAGCCUGCCCCGCAGUGACCACUGAGUCAGGGCCCAGGCGGUGAGGUCACAGCUUUGCACCCCACACAGGGCGGAUUUUGUCCUAACACCCAGUCCAACU